CAGUCUGUCAUCAGACUCAUGAGCAAACAGAGCCACAGCCCCUAAGAACUCCUGAGAGGUAGACAGACAUUUCUUUUGUCAAACACUAUUCCUCUUUGCUUUAUUAGAUGGCUUGUCUCCUAGGCUGUGCUUUCAAAGUUCAUCCUGUUAACAGGUUGAUCGUGUCCUGAGCUGAAGAUGUUUCCAGAACAGCAGAAAGGGGAGUUCGUGAGUGUCUGGGUCCGAGACCCCAGGAUUCAGAAGGAGGACUUUUGGCACUCUUAUAUUGACUAUGAGAUAUGCAUUCACACGAAUAGCAUGUGUUUUACAAUGAAAACAUCUUGUGUACGAAGAAGGUAUAGAGAAUUCGUGUGGCUGAGGCAAAGGCUCCAAAGCAACGCAUUGCUGGUACAAUUACCAGAACUCCCAUCUAAAAACCUAUUUUUCAACAUGAACAAUCGCCAGCACGUCGACCAGCGCCGCCAGGGCUUGGAAGAUUUCCUCAGAAAAGUCCUGCAGAAUGCACUCUUGCUUUCUGAUAGCAGCCUCCACCUCUUCCUGCAGAGCCAUCUAAACUCUGAGGACAUUGAAGCAUGUGUUUCUGGGCAGACCAAGUACUCGGUGGAAGAAGCCAUUCAUAAGUUCGCCUUGAUGAACAGACGGUUUCCCGAAGAAGAGGAGGAAGGGAAGAAAGACACGGAUGCAGAGUAUGACUCAGAGAGUUCAUCCUCUGGGCUUGGACACAGUAGUGAUGACAGCAGUUCUCAUGGAUGUAAAGCAAGCCCAGCUCUGCAGGAAUCCUGAGAAGGAAUUCUAGGGCUACCACCUUCGGAACAAAAUUGUGCCCAGCCAGAAAGAACGCUUGCUCGUAAUAGAUUCUUACCUAAUGCCACUGUCAGUAUCCUAGGUAGUUAAAUUCUUAAAGUGGUGGGUUAUUAUUAGUAGUAGUUUUAUGUUGUCUAAUUCUAGCCAAGCUUCUGUAUGAAGCUGUAAGGUCUGUGAAUGCCAUUCGACCCUUUAUUGCCAUCCCAUGCUUGUAAAUACGAUCCUGCUGUCAAGUGAAAUGAGUUAUACGCUAUAUAUAUAUAUACACACACACACACACACACACACAUAUAUAUAUAUACAGUGGAUCUUAACUGAAUUUUAAAGAGCUAGAUGUAUUAGUAGCGUUUAAAGCCAGACAGACUAUCCUUGCUGUAUCAAUGAGGAAGUUAGCUGUAAACACACUGUGUGACCGGAGCCAGAGUACAGAGUCACGGCACAGCAGACUGCCUGCCUCUCUGACGAGUGGCUCUUGUUUUGUGAGGACUUCUUCUCUGGAAAAUACUUUGCCUUCAGGUAUUUGAUUGAAAUAUUUAAGAGUAUUUAAGCUUUCCAGUAUACUGUGUCAUGUGUCAAUGGAAAAAUACGUCUUACAGAUAGAGAUGUACUAAAAAAAAUGUUUACAUCUUAGGAGGGAGAAAAACAGAAGUGUUUGUAAUUUUGCUUAAAUUUGUCACACGACAAAUACAUUCUCACUGUCCAAAUUCAGCUUAAACAUGGCUUCUUGGUGACAAGUCAUUCUUUUACCAUUGUGCAAUUAGAAUCAUAGCUUAUGAUUUAUUUUCUGACAUUAAAAAAAAAAAGCACCAGGUAACUUUCAUCAGUGGGGGCUCCUCUGGUAGGUCCUGUUCAUUUUUUUUUUUUUCAGUUAGAAAAAGAUUUUUUUAAGUGUUAAUUUUACCCAUAAAUAUUUCAGUAAUUUUGGAGAGUGGGAGUUGGGUUGCUAAUGUCAGACUCAUGUUCACGUUUUAGAAGCCCUUUCUUUUUAGGUGUCUUCCAGAAGAUUGGCUUAGUUUGAAUAAAAUAACUUUUUUUUUUUUUUAAAGUGGCCCGAAGAUAAGAUGUCUCGGCCUACCAUGAGCUUCCGGUUUCAGAUAAAGCAGCAUUUUCCUGGGAUUAAUUAGCCAAGUGCUCCCCAGAGUCUUCCCAGGUAUCUCUGGGAGCCAGCGGAAGGAAUUUUCACCUAAGUGGGAUAACUUGUUGCUUCCAAUGGCUCCCCCUCCCAUGGGUGCAAAAGCUGCUGCAAAAAGCAGCCAUUUAUUUGGGUCCUUAGGAGUUAUUGUAUUAAUAAAAAGUUAUUGAAUAGUCCUUUGAGAUGCCUGUUACAGAGAAUUGGUUUAAAAAAAAAAAGAAGAAAUAAACAUUAAAUUUGGAAUAAGAAUGUUUUUUUUUAAGUUCUGUCUGAAACAUUAUUACGCUUCUGUACAUAUUUUGACUCAUGUCUUAUAUCCUGUUAGCGUUCUCCUCUCAUUGUCUUUAUUUUAAUGCCGAGAUUUAGCAGCUGUAUGCAAAGUUUCAGAGCAACCCCCACUCCUCAGCAGAUGAAUUCACAUUGUUUAUGUUUUACGGUGUUUUUGGAAAGCAUAUAUUGUGACAUCGUUACCAUACGACUUCUUGAUGACAUAAUGUAGCCUUCAAAGCUAAUAUGAAGUGAUGCUCGGUAAACUCCACAGUCGCUCUUUUCACAUUAAACACAUGGGAAAAAAACAAAACCAAAAAA